AUGUCAAGUGGUAAAAAGCUCUCUCUUGAAGAGAGACUGUCGUUAGCAGCCAAGAAAGGGAAGAAGAAAAGUAAAAAGCUUACUUCAGCUAGUCCCACACCAAGUCCUCUAGUAGAAGAAGAUGUUGAUACUUCCAUUAAAGAAACUACACCUGAAAUCAAUGAAGGUAUAAUCGAAAACAGUAACGUUGAUAAAACAGAGGAUAAGAUAAGUGAAAAUGAUAUGGAAACUACUAUCACUGCAGAAACUGUACAUGGAGACGAGAACUCUCACGAGGUCCUACAACAAGUGAAAGAUGCCGUUAAACAACAGCCUCUAUCCAUUCAGAAUUUGAAAUUAGACUGGCUGCCGAAUAAUUAUCAGGAUAUUGAUGUGCAUAAGUUAUUAAAUAUAAUUGAUAAUCGGAUUGGUGAUUCAAUAACGAAGGGAGAAUCCUCCAAUAAAAAAUUAUCAGAAUCCAUUGAUAAGAAAGAUGAAUUGAUAGAACAAUUAAGGAAAGAAGGAGAAAAUCUAUCCAAAGUUGACUUCAAGAAAUCAAAUCAAAUUAAACUUCUAAAAAAUAAAAUAUUUGAUAUAGAAAAGGAACUUUCGAAUACAAAAGAACAAUUUGAUGAAGAGACUUCAAAUUAUCAAACAUUAGAGAAAAACAUUAAUGAGCUCCAACAACAAGUAGUAAGAUCCAAUUCUACCAUUAAAGACCUUAAGCUUCAAGUCACCAACGUUGAGAAGUUACAAGCUACCGUUGUCGAACAAGAUUCUCAGAUUAUCACUUUGAAAGAAGAACUUGAAGAUGUGACAAAACAAUUGGCCGACACAAAUUUUCAGCAUCUUACAGAAAUGGAAUCACUCAGAGAAUCUAACUCUAUCCAGAUUAAUACGUUAGAGACCGAUUUGGAACAACUUAAGAUCAAAUUGGAAAAUAAGGUUCAAUCUGAUAAUUCAACAUCUGGAGAAUCCCAAAAUGUGAAUAAUGAGAGUCAACAAUAUCAUAUCUUAGAACAGCAAUUAAGAUCAAGUAAAGACAAUUGGAAAAGCAUAGAAGAUACGCUCAACAUUAAGAUUGUAAAACUGGAAGAAAGUUUACAAAAUAGGGAACUGGAGAUGCAAAAACAAACCCUAGAGAUGAAGAGUUUGGUAAAUGAAAAUGGUCUCCUAAAGCGUAAAAUAGAUAACUCAUCAUCUAAGAAUUUAGAAUUGACAGACCAAGCGCAUAAUUACAAGAAUGAACUUCAAUCAUUGCAGAGUAAAUAUAACGAUAUCAAAGAUGACUAUAACUUGUUGAACAACAAAUUUAGCAUUCAAAAGACACAACUAACCAAAUUGUAUGGUGAGCCAUUGAUAAAUUCGCAUAUUGGCCGGAGUGGUUCGGGUAUUAGCAUGAAUAAGUCACAUUCAUUAAACAGCGUCAGUGAAGAAUGGUUACUUCCGGCAGAUGAUUCCCUCAUAUCUAUUCAAAGUAUUUCUUCAGAUAUAGAUAAUAAUAGAUUGGAUGAUACUGACACGUCUCCCCAUGUAGAUGAGAACGUAAAUAUAUCAAUCGAUAUUCCUGAUGAUGCUGAGCAUCUACAGACUAUAUUAACGACAAAAAAUAGCAGAUCCAGUAAUCAACUGGAUAUUUCUAGUGCAAUUAGAAGGUCAGAUUCAUAUUUAACACCAAACAAAUUCAGGGCUUUUAGUGACGUCAAUGAUAAUACAGAACUGGGUUCUGGGGCAGUUAAUUCUAACCCUCAGUUAGUCACUAGACUUGGAUCAGAAGUCCGUAGACUAGAAAACGAGUUACGCAACAUGCAGAAAGAUCAUGAACGCCUUGCUCUAGAUAAAGAUAGCGCAAACGAGGAAAUAUUGAGACUUCUCGACAGAAACGAUAAGGCAACCAAGAUAAUUGAUGAAAACAAAUCCUUGAAACAGGAGUUAGAGACUAUUUCCAAACGCUUGGAAGUUUCAUUACAGCUUUUAGGAGAGAAGGCAGAGACAGUAGAAGAACUUGAAAAUGAUGUCAAUGAUUUAAAGGAUAUGAUAAAGCAGCAAGUCCAACAGAUGGUUGAGAUACAAGAGAAUAAAUAG